AUGCUCAGUUAUGCCAUUUCAGAUGAAGAAAUGACAGCUUGGCUCCUUGAUCAUGGAGCUGAUCCGAAUCGACGGUGUUUUAUUGACCUCACGCCACUCUCCCUUGCUGUUGAAAGCGCCCCUAUCUCUGUCAUCCAUUUCAUGCUCAGUCGGGGCGGAAAUGUUCAACAGGGCCAGUUACUCCAUCAUGCAGUUGAACGGCCAACGGACACCAUCGAAGUGUUAGGGCUUCUUAUCGAAAAAGGGGCACCUAUCAAUUCAGCUAUGUACGAUGACUAUCCGUCUUGGGCGCUAUUAUUUUUUACGGGUGUUGGAACACCGCUGCACAAGGCCGCCGAGCUCGGUAAAGUAGAUGUAGUUCGCUACUUGAUCAGCCAAGGAGCCGACCAGAGUAUCAAUGAUGCAAAUGGUCGUACAGCUAUCGAGUGUGCACGAAGGUCGAUCAAGGAGAAGUCGUCGAGGCAUUAG